UGGUUUUAGCUGUCCAGUGGUUAGCCCGUGCUGUGAUCCCGGUGUGUUGGGGACACUUAGCGACCGUGUGUAGCGUGAUUGGACUUUGUGCGACUGAAGUGCUACGACUCCUUGCUACGUCUCGUAGAGGCCGCCUUUACGGAAAAGCCCAAGUGACCAUAUGAGUGGUCGGUGACGAGGAACACAGCAGCGUCAGAAGAUGAAGCCCCGGGGGGCGAGGGUCAUGCAUGCCUUCACUGCACUCACCAUGCUCACCAUGGCCAAUGCUCAAACGACUUGCAACCAGGGAAUGGGAAGAGUCAUGUAUGAAAGACUGCCUAAUCAACAGCUACACGGAUUUGAUGAUGAUGUUGUCCGCGAGACGGCGCCACCUUUUCGCGUCUUGGAGAAAUGCCAGGAUUUGUGUCUGCGUGACCGUUCUGGAAACAGCCUGGUUAGGACUUGCAACUCUAUUGACUUCCAACCUGGCGCUAGAAUAGCUGCAUUCAGCCCUGAACCAGAAUAUGAGGAGUCUACUUGUUAUCUCACAAGGGAACAGGCCGCUCCUGAAGGCAUUGGAACCCUCAUGAUUGUACCAAAUAGCGUCCAUUUCAAUGAAAUAUGCCUCACAUCGAAUCGGCCGGAGCGUGAAUGCCCGUCCCGUCGGUAUGUUUUCGAACGCCAUGCUCGAAAGCGACUCAAACUUCCUCCUUCAGAUCUCAAGGAAAUAAUGGUUACUAACCGAACAGAAUGUGAAGAUAAGUGCCUGGGAGAGUUUAGUUUUGUAUGCCGAUCUGCCACUUAUGACUCUGCUCUGAGGACUUGCUCCCUAAGUAGAUUUACUCGAAGAACACAUCCAGAGUUGUUGGAAGACGACCAUAACGCUGAUUAUUUAGAAAAUACUUGCUUAAAUGCCGAACGUCGUUGUGAUGGCUUAGCAGUUUUCAUUAAAGAAGAAAACAAGCGCCUCGGCGGACCGUUCGAAGCCGAUGUGUUUUCUAACAUGACUCUUGAUGAAUGCCAAGCAAUGUGUGUGCGAGCUGAGAAAUAUUUCUGUCGAUCCAUCGAGCAUGAUGCUAUGACUCGCCAGUGUGUUCUGUCCGAGGAAGACUCUGUUUCACAAAAAGACGACGUGACUGUUAGCGCAUCUCCCACCCAUCACUUCUACGACCUUGUUUGCCUGGACAAUCUCUCUCAUCGGGUGACAGCUCGUGGCACGGAGUACCCGGACAACAGUGUGACGUCACACCUGUUCUCUCCCGGACGUCGACCGGACACGGCCUUCCAGAGGUACAGGAACAGUCGGAUCACGGGCGAGUUCCACUCAGAGAUCACCGGCCGCUCCCUCAGCGAGUGUUUAGAUGAAUGUUUGAGGCAGACCAGCUUCCAGUGCAGGUCGGCGGUAUACAGCGACCGCGCCAGGACAUGCCGGCUGAGCAGAUACAAUCAGAAGGAUAACAUGCGACUGCUUUACGAUCCCGAUUUCGAUUAUUAUGAAAAUUUGAUGCAUCAGCUAGUUGGAGGGGAGAACGAAGCUGGGACUCCAGGGACUGGUUCACAGGGCAAUUGGGGGGGACGGCCCGCUACUUCUACAGGUGGUAGUAAUGGAGGCGACCGGGAUCGAUACCCGCCAGGCGUAGACCGCUACCCGGACGACGACCGGUACCCUGAUGAUGACCGGUAUGGCGACCGUCGGCCAGAUCGGUACCCAGACGACAGAUAUCCAUCUGGGCCUGAUGACCGCUACCCCGACGACCGAUACCCACCUGGCGUCGGAUCAGACCGUUACCCGUCUGACAGAUAUCCUCCUGGAGUCGCAGACCGAUACCCAGCUGACAGAUAUCCACCCGGCAUCGAUCGGUAUCCUUCCGGUGUUGAUCGGUAUCCAUCUGGCCCUGAUCGAUACCCAAUUGGUCCAGAACGAUACCCAAUUGGUCCAGAACGAUAUCCCAUUGGUGCUGAUAGGUAUCCAGUGGGAGCUGACCGAUAUCCUCCUAGUGCUGACAGAUACCCACCUGGAGUUGGGCUAAGUGUUGAUAGAUACCCCUCAGGGAGUGGAAGAUAUCCCCUUCCUGGUGGUGAUCGUUACCCAGUUGACGGUGGACGACCCUACGACUAUCCUACUAACGACAUAGGAAGAUACCCAGUUGACCGAUAUCCUAUUAGCCGAUACCCUAUUGACGUUUAUCCUGAAAGGUUCCCACAAGACAGAUACCCGGAAAGAUUCCCUGUACGUGGCAGUGGCCGAUACCCGAAUAGACCGGGCUGGGGCUCUAGCCGCUAUCCUGAUAGGUUCGAUCAGGACCGAUACCCUGGAACUAACGAUUGGGGACGGUACCCGUUCAGUCGCUACCCAGUUGGGGUGAACAGAGACCCAGUACCUCUGGGCGGGGACCGAUACCCAGAUUUGUAUAACAAAUAUCCGCCGACCGGAUCAUCAUACCCCGCAGGCUACGGACGUGGGGGCUAUUAUGGACCCGAUUAUGCUGGGCCUGAUCGAUUCCCUGACAGAGGUAUUCGACCAGGCACAGACAGAUAUCCUGUUGAACCUAGACCCAGUUUUGGUUUAAGACCCAGACCCAUUGAAAGGCCCAACGGAUAUCGCGGAUCUUAUCCUCCACCUGGUCCAGUGGAACGCCCUAUAAAUGGACCUGUGUACGGUGGCGGUGGACCAUCAUAUGGUAGUGGACCAGUUUAUGAACCUGAUGGCCCUAUUGGACCUGUCGGACCACCAAUCAAUGGUCCAAUUAAUGGUCCAGUUGGUGGCCCUAUUGGUGGCCCCAUUGGAGGUCCAAUUGGAGGUCCUAUUGGUAAUGGUAUAGGUAGACCACCAAUCGGACAAAGGCCGUGGCAAGGAUCGCGGUGUGAAGAAGACAGUUUUAGACAAGUGGGUAGACAGCGCAUGCAAAGACGAUAUGUUCGACGAUUCACUACUGCUCAGUCACUGGCUCAUUGCCAACGAGAAUGCAUAGAGGCCAGAGACUUCAUCUGUCGGUCAUUCAACUAUCGAGGUGUAGACGGCGCGUAUGCUGGGGAACCUCGUGAUAAUUGUGAACUGAGCGAUCGAGAUACUCGGGAACUUGACGCUGCUAAUCCAGCGCAUUUCGACAACACAGCUAAUGAAUAUGAUUUUUAUGAACGAGCACUUGGCAGGAUGGCUGAUGAUUGCUUGGAUGUAUCCCAAGUCUGCAACGAAGAUGGAAUGGAGUUCACUCUGCGACUUCCUGAAGGAUUCUAUGGUCGAAUGUAUACUUAUGGCUUCUAUGAUCGGUGUUUCUUCCGCGGAAAUGGCGGAGUAGUAAACGUUUUGCGUAUCACUGGAGCUCAUGGGUAUCCUGAAUGUGGAACACAGAGGUACGGAGAUACAAUGACGAACAUCGUAGUGGUCCAAUUCAGUGACAACGUGCAAACUUCGCGAGACAAACGGUUCAACUUGACUUGUCUGUUUCGAGGCCCAGCCGAGGCAGUAGUCACGUCCAAUUACAUCGGCGCCGGUCUUGGGUAUGAUUUGGUCGACAGGUCGGGCAGUCCCAUUCCCAUCGAAUAUCUUCCUGAAGAGAGCUCUUUGAACUCCAAAGUCCGUCUUAUGAUCCUGUACCAAGGCAGACCAACGACCACUAUUGCCGUUGGAGAUCCACUGACGUUCAGAUUGGAAGCUCAGGACGGAUACAACUAUGCAACAGAUAUUUUCGCCACAAAUGUCAUCGCUAGAGAUCCUUAUUCUGGACGAUCGGUGCAGCUAAUUGAUCGCGUUGGAUGCCCUGUCGAUCCUGACGUAUUCCCAGAAUUGGACAAAGGUCGCAACGGUGAUUCUUUGGAAGCAAGGUUCAACGCUUUCAAGAUCCCAGAAUCAAACUUCUUAGUGUUUGAAGCCACAGUUCGUACGUGCCGCGAUGGAUGUCAGCCGGCAUAUUGUCCAAGUCACACAGGACGAUCGGAGCCAUCAUUUGGAAGGCGUCGAAGGGACGUGAACUCGACACUUGGAGUGGAUGCCAAUGACACUGCCGAAGUGAAGACUACAGACAAUAAUGACACAAAGACGGACAAACAAGAUGAUAAAAACGCAGGCACUGUCUACAAAGUGUCGUAUGAAGAGGCUAAAGUCGAUAAAUAUCUUAAGGAUGAGGUCGAGACCCCUAGUCAUGUGAGGAAAAUGAUUGAGGUAUUUGACAACCGCAACGAGUUACUAGAAGAAAAUGGAGAAAGUGACUCUUCCCCCGUAGUAGCAGCUGCCGGUAUCUGUGUCCCGCCGUAUCACUACAGGGCUUUACUAGUGGCCCUCUGUGUGUUGCUGUCUUUACUACUGGCUAUGCUCACCGCUGCUCUUUAUAUCUAUAGACGUUAUUGGCGAGUGCUGCGCAAGAACAUUCAAGCGUCGUCACCUGCGCCGGCGCUGCGGCCAGUGACCCCGGGGCCUAGGCCUACAAGACCGUCGCUCUUCUCCGCGUCGCAUCUGCAUAAACCAUUCUCAUUGAGUGGAUUGGGAAGAACAUUUGCGGAGGUGGGUGAUGAAGCUGGUUCCUCGGGACGUUUAGCCAGUGCCUUUGACGAUGGUAGCGAGCCUAUCUACACCGACCCGUCCUUGUUCGAGCGCUCCCGGUCUCUACGCUCCCUUCAUUCAUUGGACAUGAAACCCGACAGACGUGACCACCGCGCGUAACUUCGACAAGUCAACGCAAAUAUUCUAACACAUAUUUUUUACAAAUAAAAUAAUAUCUAACUCAAAAAUUAAUGAUGAAACUUUUUUCAAAGUGUAUCUCGAUUUCGACAUAAAAAUGCCAUAAAUGCUCAGACUUAUUCCGUCCAAAAUAAUCUGCGAUUAUUAAAGUACAAUAUUUU